UGGGGCAAAUGAUCCAAAUCAGCCCUCCUCCCACCCCAACAGACACGCACACCUCCCAUGAGCUCCCCCGCGCCGCCACCGAAUCGACAGUCUGCCUGGUCUCCGUUUAGAUCCUGCUUGCCGGAGCUCCGCUAGCAGCCUCGCUCCGUUCCCACAGGCCAGAGAAGGGCGUGCAGUGCGGAGAUACAGCGGUAUGGAGGCGAGCGGCAGCGGCGGCGGCGGCGGCGGCGGCGGCAAAUUGCUGCUGGCUCCCCCUCCUAUGCCCCCACUUCCCCCCUUCACCGCAGAAUCUGUUCUUGAAUAUUUGGAGAUCCAGAAGGAGAUGAAGGAAGCAUUGGUGCUGAUGGAGCCCCUUCCACCGAGGAUUUCAGAGCUGCUGCUGAAGCAGGGUGUCGGGAGUGUCGCCUCUGACCGCGACAGGCGUAGCUUGGCCUACAUGGAGAAGGAGCUAAGCACCGUCGUCGCGGCGCUGCGUCAGCUCACGUCCAGGGUGCUCGGGCCGGAUCACGUUGCCCCCCGCAUCAAGGACCGGCUGGCUCACCUGAGAGAACUCGCAAAUUGGACAUGGGACCUUGUCGACGAAUUGGCACACGGUCGAACCAGAUAUGAUACCCGGCUCCCAGAUCUGAAUCUGACCUGGAUUGAACAGCUUCUGCUAGUCGAUGCUGCUGGCCAUGACUCCUCGGCGCCGUUGUCUUGCGACAACUACCAGCUGCCGCAGCCCGACACCGAUACCACGCCACAUCUCGUCGCCAUGGAUGGGCCGAGAAAGAAGCUGCUCAGGUGGCUCAUGGAGGACGGGGAGGCUACCAAAAUCAUCUCCAUUAUUGGACCCACCGGGGUCGGCAAGACUACGCUGGUUGUGGAAGUUUACAGCCAGGUUAGGCAGCACUUCCAGUGCUGCGCCACUGCUAAGAUGUCCCGACAGACAUCCGAUGCUGAGGCGCUUCUGAGGCAUAUCAUGUCACAAAUCAUGGACGAAGCAGCAUUGUGCAGCAAUGGCUACCUGUUGGCACACAACAUUAAGACAUACCUCCAAGACAAGAGGGACCUCAUUAUAAUUGACGACAUAAGGAAAACAACUGAUCUGGAAAUCAUCCUUGAAGCUUUUCCACAGAAUGAAUGCGGCAGUAGAGUGAUAAUAACAACACCCAUUAGAAGCAUAGCAUGCUUGGGUUGCUCCCAUAUGGAUGGGCUCAUUCACGAGGUUAAGCCUCUUGAUGAGCUAGAAUCUGAAAAAUUGUUUUUGGCAAAUGCUUUUGGUGCUGAUGGCCUCUGGCCAUCUGAAUAUUCGAGACAAGUUUCAUAUGAAAUUUUGAGAAGAUGUGAUGGUAUACCUUUGUUCAUCAUUGCGAUGGCUGGAUUAAUGAAACAAGAACAAGGAGAAAUGGUGAAGAGAAAUGCUGCGUACUGGCUUGAAAGAGUAGUUGAACUGAAACAUGUUGAAGAAGCUUUGACCCUUGUCUAUGAUAAUCUUCCUUAUGAGUUGAAGCUAUUGACCUUGUACAUGAGUACAUUUCCUUGGGGGUACAGAAUUGACAAGCAUCGUCUUAUCAGCAAAUGGAGAGCCGAAGGACUGAUUGUUCUAGAUAUGUGGAGAGCAUUUGAGGAAGUAGCAGAGGAGUGUUUUACCGAGCUCCUCGACAGGGAUAUCAUCCGUCCGUUGGCUUGCAAAUACAAUUCUGAAGUAGAGACCUGCAGCCAAGUCAAUUAUUUUAUGCUCCAAUUCCUUGUGUCCAAAUCAGAACAGAACUUUUUUCUCACUACCAGCCACACAGUCAACUCAACUGCUGCAGCAGCAGCAGAAGGCGACAUGACUCAAAUGAUACAGAGGAUUUUUCUCCACCGGCCUGAUCAGGAGCUGCCAACUCUGUUGGGAACAAUAGAUUUGUCUCACACCCGUUCACUGAUAGUCUCAGGUUCAGUUAACCGAAUUCCUCUAGACAAGUUCAUUCAUUUGGCGAUGUUGGAUCUUGAAGGUUGGGAGAACCUAGAGGAUGUUGAUCUGGUGCAGAUAUGUAGCAGCAAUUUUUUUCUGCUGAAGUAUCUGAGUGUCAGGAACACACGGGUCAGUAAGCUCCCGCCUCAGAUCAGUGAGCUAGGGUAUCUUGAAACAUUGGACAUAAGUCACACACAAAUUAGUGAGAUCCCAAUUGAGGUGUGGGGUCUACCAAAAUUGUGGUCACUGGACCUAAGAGGCACGCAAGUAAGACAGCUACCACGUGAUGUGGCAACAUGCUUGCGACAUCUGCUCGUUAGUGGUCAUAAGCUGGAUGAAACAAUAAUGGAGAUACCGGACGAUAUUUUGUAUUGGAAUUUACUGGAAACAUUAGCCACUAUUGAUAUACGCAACUGGUCCUCGUGGGUUUUCAAAUAUCUUGCAGACCUGCGGUUCUUAGAGGUGCUUGCAGUGACAUGGUCUUUUCACCAGUGCUAUGACGAGGAAUACCAGACUGCUUUACGAUCAGUCAUCCAAAGAUUAGGGUGCCUCAAGUCUUUAACAAUUCAGUGUGAGGUUGGUUGUUCCAUGGAAUUUCUGGAUUCUCUUUCCGAUAUGCCUAACGAUUUGUCUGAUGGGCCUAAGGAUCUGCAGAAUCUCAUAAUAACUGCGAGAUUUUUAACUGUUCCCAAAUGGAUCCAAGGGCUGAACCACCUUGCUUUCUUGCACAUAACAGUAUGCAAACUAUUGCCAGAUGAUCUGAAGAUCUUGGGGAGCUUGCACAAACUGGAGUGCCUUGUACUAGGUUUGGAUUUCCUUCCGCAAGAAGCUGUAGUGAUUGAAAGGGGGGCGUUCCAUCAGCUUCUGAGACUCUCUGUCAGUUGCCGUAUUGCAUGGCUGAAUUUCGGAGAGGGAGCUAUGUUGAAGCUGACGGACCUUGAUCUGAAUCUCUCCACUGGUCCAGUGAGCGAGGGGAGUUCACCGUCAGGUAUUGGGAACCUGCUGAGCCUUGAGAAAGUCACUCUACGCUACGACCCGUGGUACAUCAACAGUUGCAGUGUCAAGACCACAGUCGACGCUUUGAGGAGACAAGUCGCAGAGCUCCAGUCCACUGUCAAGCUCGUGAACAAUGGCGUUCAAGAGGAUGUGGUAGCAAUUCUCGACCCCGUAGCAGGGCCUACUGGAAUUAUCAGGAGUGAAACCAAAGGCAAGGCCCCGCGGCCGUGACAAGGUGAUUUUUUUAUGUAUACAUUCGUACCGCACCACUAGCUGGUAUUUCCAAAACAAAAAUCAAGUAGGAUCACACUUUCAUUCCCUCAAAAAAAGAGAGGAAGGUACAGUGACUAUGAAAUCAUGGAUAACCGUCCUUUGUGGAAUUCAGGAAGGUGCACCUCUCUGGUUGCACCACUGCCGAAAGCUAGUGGUGCGGUAUGUAGCGAACUAGCGAUUGAAGACAUCAUUCAUAAGAAACAAGGAUGGGGCCAAUGGUGCGAAGAGUUUCAGCUAAAUGUGGAUCCUUGAUGGCUCUGUGUAGGUUUUAUUCUGCAAUAACUAGUAGAAAUUCUUUUGUUUUCUGUUUUUGAUGGAAGUGCUAAUUAGGAGGGUGUGAAUUGUUUUAGGAAGGAAGAUGCACCUUUUAGUUGUACUGUAUGGCUUUUAUUUUUUUUAAGUUUUUAUUACUACUUGGUCGGUUCGCAAACAUUAAGAACUUUAGAUUAUAGUACGGACUACAUACGAAGCAAAACA